AUGAUCAAGAAAGCAGGAGCCUACGGAGUUGUUUUCGCAGGAAUUAUACUUUUACUUCGAGUUGUGCUGGCAGAAGAACUGGACGCCAUGCGCAUCGUGACGAGGCACCAACAAUACAGAAGUUUGACACAGGCUGCGGAUAUGAAGAAGUUGACAUGGAGCACGAACCUGGAAAGACUAGCCAAGUCUAUAGUUGAAACGUGUCCGGAACGAGUCGAGGAAGUUCGGUCGCUACCGGAAUUGAAGGAUUUCGGAGCUAACCUGGGUUCUGCGCCCUACCCAGCUCCAGUGCAAGAAGGUUACGUGGAGGAUAUUCAGACUUCCAUAAUCGAUAAGUGGGGUUUCGAGCGGUCUUACUACUACCCUAACGGGGGGUGCCCAAACCAAGGCUGCGACUCCUGGUGGCAGAUAGUGUGGUCCAUUGCUUCUGAAGUUGGCUGCUCAAUAACUGUCUGCGAGGAUCGAUCAGUCAUGGUUUGCAUCUACGACUCCAGGGCUGAUAUCACAGCAGACGCUCCUUUUAAGUCGGGCAAAGCCUGCUCAGCUUGCCCCAUUGGAUAUGAACUGUGUGAGAACAACAUGUGUGUUCCCGGCGAAGCCACGACCACUGAGCCCGAGUUCCAGACAUCUGUCUUCCCCACGACAACCGAUCAGCCCUAUGUACACGGCAGGGAUGAUGGAGCGAAUCGACUGACCGUACUACUCACCGCCUCCCUUCUAGUCCUCCUCCAACUUUUAGUCCUCACAUGA